GAAGAGAGAAAGAAACAAGGGGGGGAUCAGGAUCUCAUUACAAGAGCAACAGAGCGUUUUGGAGGACUGUCAGUAUGGAAAACGGGGGGAUUUUACGCAGCUCCCUUUAAACCCGCGAGGAGAGAUCGGAGAAGCCCACCAAACUCCGGGCAUGGAGAGUGCAAUCACAUUGUGGCAGUUCCUGUUGCAGUUGCUUCUCGAUCAGAAACAUGAGCACCUAAUUUGUUGGACAUCUAAUGAUGGUGAAUUUAAGCUACUUAAGGCAGAAGAAGUGGCUAAGCUGUGGGGACUCAGAAAAAACAAAACUAACAUGAAUUACGACAAACUGAGCAGAGCGCUGAGAUACUACUAUGACAAGAACAUCAUCAAGAAGGUGAUUGGGCAGAAGUUUGUGUACAAGUUUGUGUCCUUCCCUGACAUUUUAAAGAUGGAUCCUCAUGCUGUGGAGAUCAGCAGGGAGAGCCUUUUGCUGCAGGACAGCGACUGCAAGAUGCCUCUUGAAGGUAGAGAGCAACACAAGCAUGGCUUGGCGGCCCUGAAAGGCGCAAGCCGUAAUGAAUAUAUCCAUUCGGGGUUGUACUCCUCUUUCACCAUCAACUCCCUGCAAAACCAGCCAGAAACUCUCAAACAGAUCAAAACAGAGAAGCUGGAGGAGAAACAGGAGGGGCCCACCCCUCUGGAAGAAGUCCGGACUGUUAUAAGGUUUGUGACAAACAAAUCAGACAAGCAAGUCAUGAGGCCCAUAGUCUCCCUGCCAUCAACAUCUGAGGCAGCCGCUGCUUCUGCUUUCUUAGCAUCCUCUGUCUCUGCAAAAAUAUCCUCACUAAUGUUGCCCAAUGUUGCCAGCAUCUCGUCGGCUUCGCCAUCUUCCUCCCGGUCGCCGUCUCUGUCUCCGAACUCACCCCUCCCUUCCGAACACAGAAGCAUCUUUUUGGAGUCCAGUGGCCAGGAUUCCGAUUCUCUCGAGCCCCUGAACCUCUCGUCAGGAUCCAAGGCAAAAUCUCCUUCUCUUCCCCCAAAGGCUAAGAAACCCAAAGGUUUGGAGAUCUCGGCACCUCCAAUGGUUCUUUCAAGCACUGACCUCGGCUCCAUUGCCCUCAACAGCCCAGCACUCCCCUCAGGAUCCCUGACUCCUGCUUUCUUCACUGCCCAGACCCCAAAUGGAUUGCUGUUGACCCCGAGUCCCUUGCUUUCUAGCAUUCACUUCUGGAGCAGCCUCAGCCCCGUCGCUCCUCUGAGUCCUGCCAGGCUGCAAGGACCAAACACCCUGUUCCAGUUUCCAACUCUGCUCAAUGGUCACAUCCCAGUGCCAAUUCCCAGCUUGGAUGGGACUUCUUCUCCAGUUCUCCUGUCUCCAAAUGCUCAUAAAUCCUGAUGUCUCAGCAAAUUAAAGGACUCAACUCACAAACUGGAUUUUACACAGCCAUUCUGAUGGGUUUCAUUUUUCUGGUGACACUGGGAGGACAACAUGAAACCCUCUUUUACUAUGGUUUGCACUUUUCAUUACAUGAAUGAUCUACUUGUAUGAUGUUUAUUUAGCAUUUUUAAACAGUGUUUUUUUUAUCAGAAUCUGUUGUGCAUUAAAAUGAGUUAUAAUUUUUUUUAUAUCCUUGCUCUCCAAGUGUUGAACACUGUUAAUGAAGUACUUUUCUUAAUAGAUUUCAAGACAAUUAUCUAAAGGAUGUGAAACUUUUUAAUCCUGUAUUUCUGCAUAUUAUGCACCAUGCUUGUAUAAACUAUAACCGGCUGUGCCUUCUUUUGCAUAAUGUUAUAUAAAUGAUUUAUAUAUUUUCCAGUAUUAAGGUAAAGGUUGAAAAGGAACCAAGUAUUGAACAGCCCCUUCCCCAUGCUAGUAUUUCAGUAUUACCCUUGCGGUAGGCCAUAUGUUGCAGUGUAUUCAUGUAAUUUUGAAUUAAGUGCUUUCCAGUUAUAUAAAGAAUCCUCCUAUUUCCUUGCUGAACUGUGGGGCCAUAAUAAAUAUUUUGGCCAGUAAGUGUGUUUAAGAAUAGGACACUAUUUAGAUAUAGGUGCUUCAAUUCUUCUCUGUGGUAAGAGGAACAUGGCCUUAAAUAUUUACAAUGUAUUUUAGGGACAUUCUUAAAUUAAGAAGAUAUAGCCUUGCUCAGUGCCACUCAUUUUCAUGUAUUCAUUGACUGAAGAAACUAAUCUGAUCUUCAUUUUCCUGACCAUACUCAAGGUAUUGUACCUUCUAAGUUAAUUUUUCCAGUACUUUGAAGCUAGUGGCUCCUGUAUCACAUGGCCAAAGGCUUAAAAAACUAGGCAGUUUUGGACAAUUUUAAGAAGAGUUUCUAGCCCUCAUGAUUACAUUUUUUUUAAAAAGUCUGUGAGCGUGAGAGACAUACAAUACAAAGUGUAACGUGUUCAGUAACAGGUUACUUCAGAAAAAAUACUACUGAACGCUGUGAUUUAAUAACACCAAGGUGUUUGUUCUCCUCAGAAAGCUAAAAUACUGAAGACUGAGAAAUAGAGGUUGUGUCACUUUCUAGAAUAUCAUGACUAUAGUUUCCUGAAGAUGACAUACAACGCAAAAGCAGAAUUAAAUAAGUCUGGGUGGCAUUGUAUAAAAAGAGCAUUGUGUCCAGGAGCUGUAUUCUGGAAAGUAUCUCAUGCAUGCAUAUUUUAUGAACAUGUUAACUAUAUCUAAACACUGAAAAUAUUUAGAUUAAAUGAAACAUCCCAACCUAUGUCACAUUCCCAAAGUUCAUUUGAGAAUUUAUAUAAACUCCAGUUCUACUCUACACAAAGCCUACUUUAAUAAGUCAAUCUAACUUGAAAAGCGCUGGUUCCAUUGAUCGAGAAACAGCUAGACACUCCGGCAGAAAUAAUAAACUGUUGGUUUUCCAGGUUGUGAAACUGAAGCCUGUGUGUGCUUUUAAAUAAAAAUAUGAAUAAGGAA